GUGGUUGAGCAAAAUUUCAGGGAAGAAGCCAGCGAGUGGAGGAAGGACAUCUGCUCUACUCCACGGGCUCGGAGAGUGGAGAGUCGCCCUGCGAAGUCCGUGCUGAAUCAGCUGCAGCACUUGCUGUUGGCACAGAGUGAUGUAUGAACAGACGAACAGGUUUGCAACCAUGCGGAGUUCACAAGGGAGGUUCUCUCGCCUUGCACUGCGUGUAGCGAUAGGCCUGCUUGUCCUGGGUCACGGUAGGAACGAUGCUGAAAGCGCAGAGUCGUCUGCGUUUGGCUUUCAGGCUUUCUCGUCCCGCGACUACGGACUGGAAUUGGACAGCGAAGCACUGCAGGACGCCAGAGAUUCGGCACGCGAGGCUCUGAAGCGAACAUUCACGGCCGGUGCACCGAGCGCUGGCGGGGAGCACGUGUGGGUGCUGGACGACUACUUGAGCGAGGAGGGCUUGGAGACUGCCCGAUCCUACCUGAUGGGUACCACGUGGUGGGGCUUCAAACUGACCGGCAGGGAUGGUAAAGACCAGGAGGCGGGUGGUGACGGUGUACCGUGGGGCGCGCGCAUCAACACGGAGGACUUCUCGCGCCUGGCCACGGGACGCGAGCUGCAGAUGCUAGCUACAACCUACAGGAUGGGUCUGGGGGAUAGCAGCACCAAUGGUAAUGAUGACGAUGAUGUUGUUGAUGCUGAUGAUAUUCCGUAUCUACUGCCGUACGAGGUCACGUACAAAGUGGUGCGACGCGGUGACCUCACGUCCAUACACUACGGCUCGCCGGAGGAGAUCGCAGAGAACGAGGUGUGGAUGAUGCUCUUCCUGAACGACGAAUGGCGAGCAAACAACUACGGCGAUGUCAUCAUCUACGACGGCGACAAGGAGAUCAUCGGCGGUGCCAGUAAUCUGUUUGCUCGCCUACUGGUGUGGAAACCUUCACUGGGUUACCUGUGCCGUCCACCGAGCAUCGGCUACAGCCAGGGAGAGAACAUCCUCAUGGUUAAAUGGACAACAAACACAUCAAAGUGCCUGCAGCACGAGAAGCAGCGGCGAGCGGACCGCGCAGAGAUAGAGUCCGGCAUCAUGGAGGGCUUCCCGUUUCGCUCGGCCAGCGAUCUCCAGGUCGGCGCCGAGGUGGACGUCGGCAAACACGAGGUGCUGCGGCGUCUCGCUCCCACCGGUAAGCGCAUCGUGGCCUUCGACGACCUGUUCACGGACGAAGAGCUACUGGCGCUACGCAGCUACGUGAUGAGCCACGGCAAGGUGUUCUACGAUGACUCGAUCGACGCGUACAGUGACAAUGUACAGUGGAUAUCCGGGUUUGAAGUGCACUACUUUGUGCAGUCCAAGUUCUGGAAAAUCAUCAAAAAUGUGGCGGCCCACGUCUCUGAUGGUGCCGGUGACUGGUAUCCGUACGACAUUUCCUGCAACAUCAUCCGUAGCUAUGAUCACACUCGCAUACAUGGUGAUGUGCGCAACGAGAGAGACGACGAGUGGACAUUCCUGCUCUACCUGUCGCCAAUGGACGAGAACGACUUUGGCGAGACGGCCUUCUUCACGAGCAAAACCGACAAAACAGAAACGGUCUAUCAGGUUCGGCCACGGUACGGUCGCUCCGUGAUCUUCGAAGGUCUCAUCCCGCACGCGGCCAGACCUCCCAGCCCCAAGUUCAAAGGUCCCCGCUACUCGUUUGCCGUCAAGAUGGCCAAGACGCCGUCGCGCGCCGUGCAGAACAUCUUCUACGAGAAAGUCUCACAGGGCGCAGGCCAGCGAUCCGAGGCACUGGGGCUGGACGAAGACCCAGUCGACCCGGAGGCAUUCGUUCAGAGACUGACAAAGAAGUACAGUGGCGAAGUCGGUGCCCUGAAUCGCUCCUUAUUCAAGUUCGAGGAGAACGUGCGGAAGUGGCGGCAGACCAUCAUCAAGAACCUCAUGCAGCAGUCCACAGAGGCUUGAUGCGUGCGUGCGUGUGUGUGCGCGGCGAUUACAAGUCCAUGACAUAGAGCGCUGCUACCAGUAUAUAAGCUAGUCCAUUCUAUCCCAUUAUAAUAAUUAUAUCAGUGCCUUUUCCUUUGUCCUUGACUGACAUAACCCAGGAUCUUGGAUGGCACCCCGCUGAACUAAUCUACGGCUUCAAACUCUACUCUCCACCCAGUCUUACACAAC